CGGGCGGAGGGCCGUCCGCAGAGAGAGGAGGCGGGCCGGAGCGGAGGAGAGGUCUUGGCUCUUGUCUUGCGGAGGAGCUUUGAUUCAGUAGCUGAGGCGGCGCGGCGCUUCCGGAACCUCCGAGGCUCGUAAGUCUUCUUCUGUUUCUGCUGCUUAUCCGUCUUCAUUUGCUUAGUCUUUUAUUAGAGGAGCGUUAAAGUCAGGGCUCAGGUUGUCAGAGGAAGUGAGAACUGAAAUAAUAAAAGCGCAGAUUGAAUCAGGAGUGAAAUUAGUUUAGAUGUUAAAGAAUCCCAAACGUUUCAUCUGAUCCAUCGCUCUCCGUGGUGCUGAAGGACUUUCUCUGCAGUCGCUGCGUCUUUAACGGGCUCAGAUCAACUGACAGCCUCUCACCUCUCCACAGACACAUCCAGAGAAUCUGCGGAACAAACGCAGGUUUCUCAUCGGCUCAGUUCGGCUCUUUACGCAGAGACUUUCCGAAAAAGAAACUUUUCAUAAUUCAACGUCUUCCUGAAACAGCCCGUGUGUUGGAUCCCCAAAGAGUCAGAAAAUGUCUAAUGAGGGAACCAUCAGCCACUCAGGGUCCGCGGGUGUGAGCUUGGCACAGACGGGAGAAGCCGAGGUGAAGCAGAGCGCCGGAGGCUCCCGUCGGUAAGAGGUGGACAUCCAGAGAGAGGCAGCAGAGCGGAGGUCAGCGAGCCGACACCAGCGCGUCCUCAAACGAUGGGGAUGAAGCACCUCCUGCUGCUUUUCAUUUCCUUGGACCCGCUGAAUGUCCUGUGCGCCGCCGCCACCGCCAGCAAGAGGAGCAAGAGCCCGCCGAGGAGGAACCCGAAGGCGAAGGAGGUGACCGCCAACAGCACCGCGCUGCCCGCCGCCGCCCCGCGGAAAGUCACCCAGCUGCAGGCUCCGUCCGCGGGUUCCCACGACACCUGCUGGGGUUACUACGACGUGAGCGGCCAGUACGACAAGGAGUUCUCCUGCAACAACACCGACCACCGCUUCUGCUGCGGCAGCUGCUUCCUGCGCUUCUGCUGCGCGGACCGCGGCAAGCGGCUGGAGCAGAAGUCCUGCAACAACUACAACACCCCGGAGUGGGUCAAGGUCCCGUCCCCCACCCCGACCCCCGCCGGGGACAUCUACGACCCGGAGCUGGACCAGACCAACACCACGGUCUACAUCACCUGCGGGGUCAUCGCGCUCAUCAUCGCCAUUGGGAUUUUUGCUAAAGUUGCUUAUGAUAAAGCCACGAAGCCGCCGCAGGAGAUGAACGUUCACAGAGCGCUGGCGGACAUCCUGAGGCAGCAAGGGCCGGUUUCAGCUUCGCAGUUUGAGCAUGAAAACAUGGCGGCCAUGGAUGGUUCUCCCAAAGACGAGACGCCGGUCAGGAGCUCAAAGAACCACUACACUCCGGUCCACAGCAAGACGUCCAACCACGGGCAUUAUGGGAAGGACACCCUGCGUCCCGGAGGACCAGACAUGCACAACUUCAUCUCCUCUGGGUUCGUCACUCUGGGCCGGAGCCACCUGAAAGCUCAGCAAUCCAUCGACGAAUCGGGUCAGAUGUCCUGGCAGGGCGACCUGGACGUCCCCAUGUCCUACGGAAACCACCACCAUGAGUACCAGCACAGCCACCUGGACCUGACGGCGCUCACUCCCAAGCUGGACCGGCCGCAGCGGAUCAACAACAUCCUGACCUCGGCCACCGAGCCCUACGACGUUUCGCUGUCCAGGUCCUUCCAGAACCUGAGCCACCUGCAGCCGUCCUACGAGCUGCCGCUCAAGCCCGACUUAAGUAAAUACUCUCCUCACAGACUAAGCGAUAAAGACAUGGAUGACUACUACCCCAGGAAGCAUCUUCAUCCUGACUUCGCUGGUCGGGGACCGACCCACAUGGUGAAGCUGAAUGCUGAGCCCCACCAGCACCAGCAGCACCAGCAGCGCCAGCGCCCCCGGCGGGUGCAGAGGGCCAUGUCCCAGGACCACGUCCUGUCCCCCCCCAGGACGCCGCGGCGCGGAGACUAUGGCUUGUCGUCGUACGGCGCCAUGGCAGCCGCCGCAUACGGAAGUAGCCGCAACCUCUCAAACGAGCAGCUGCUCUCGGCGGACCGCCUCCACUCCCAGGAUCCUCUGCUGUCCCCGGCGAUGAGGCGUGACAAGUUCCGGGAGAAGGCCAUGGCGCGGGCGAUGUCUCACGCCGACAUGCUAAUGCCCACCACGCCGGUCAUGGACCGCCACAAGAUGACCAAGAUGCACUCCCAACCCAGUGCCUCCAAUGACUCGUACAACACGCUGAUGGUCAACCAUCACGCUGCUGGCGCGUCCACGUCCAAGAGGCAGGCGUUCGCGUCCCGACGGACACACACGGUGGACCACCUACAGUACAUUCCCGGCCACCACCACACGUACCGCACUGCCAGUAAGAACGAGGUAACUGUCUAAAGACCGUGUCGGACGAUUCUUGAAAUGCUUCAGAAAUGUGACCGGACGUUUUCAGCAUCCGUCAUUAAAACUCUUCUUGUUGUUUUUUUAGCUUUGUGUGUGAUCCAGAAUUUGGACGACUAGGAAAAUCCUGGCAAAGACUUUUGUUCUGUGAGAGCAUCAUAAGGGCUUUGCGCGUUGACUCAAAGAUCCUUCCUGUCGGACGCAGGACACAGUGAAGAAAAUAUUUUUUAAACCGGACGUAGGACUCGAAGGGAAUUGUACCACCUUUAUAGACAUGAAAAUAAACUCUUUACUGUUUGUACUUCCAGUCUUUGUUAUAGCUUUAGAGAUGCUCAUUAUCUGAUGUACGCACUUCAGUUGGUGCCUCUUGAAAUUGUCCCGUUUCAGCAGUGAAGGGGAUCAGAGGGUUAAAAAGCACAAUUAAUGAAUUCCCAUUUUUUUGGAUUAGGUUUUCUCUUCUUUGACAAACGGCCGGAACAUAUCAGCUUAGACUAUAAGUGAAACAGACUAUUUGUGUUGCAAACUACAGAUGAUUGUAAAUAGGCUCUUAGCUGCAUAAAGGCCCUCUGGACUACUGUCCCAAGUGGAGUUUAUUAGGUGUUUCCAUUUAUUAAUUCUGUUUUAGAUAAGGAAAAGUUCCCAGAUUAGUAUUAUUUCCACUGAUGUCUGCAAAUUAUGUGGAUCUAAUAUGUGCGUUGGGAGUGUUUCUGUUUGUUUUCUAGCUUGUGGCUCUGAAGGAAACGGCUGUUUGGAUUUCUGCUGUCACUUUUGGCCGGUUGCUUCCAUCUCUGCAGAUCAGGCCUCAGCGUUGCGGAUCGUCGAGAGUCGAAAACAAUCAGUCUGAAGACGCUGUCAUGCUUGACUGACCAGGUGUCGCGUGCCAAUCAAACGCUGAUUAAACUGUGAAAUGUUUGUCCAGUGUUUCUCAUUAAAGCAAUGCCUUAUUGUAUAGAACGCCAUAAGCUCUUAAAUGAA